CGUGUCGGAGCGGGGGGGCCGCCCGGCCCUGCCCGCCUAAGGCCCCGGAGAGGGGCACUUGCGGCACUCGAGAGGGGCGGCGGGGCCGUGGGCCGGGGCCCGCAGGAUGUACACGCUGACGCGAGGCCCCAGCAAGCUCGCCACGCAGCGCCGCACAGGUCCCACGCAGCAGGCGGUGGAGAGCAGCAAGCUGGGCGAGCUGCGGGGGCGACCCCAGCCCGGGCAGUGGCCCCCCGCCAGCCCAGCACAGAAACUCGUCUUCAACAGAGUGAAUGGCAAGAGGCCCCCACUGCUGCUGCAGCAGAUCUCAGCCCCUGAAGAAUGUUACACCCUGGCCCACGAGGAGAAUGUCCGCUUUGUCUAUGAAGCCUGGCAGCAGGUAGAGCAGCAGCUGGACGGCAGCCGGAGCGGGGAGAGCGCCUGCGGCCCCGUGCAGUACGUGGAGAAAACCCCCAACCCCGGACUCCAAGACUUCGUUCCAAUCGACCUGGAGGAGUGGUGGGCACAGCAAUUUCUGGCCAAAAUCGAGAACGGCUCAUAAAAGG